AUGAAUAAUAUAAUAAGCGCAGCUUACAGAGUUUUAAAUGAGGAAACUUCAGCUUUAUAUUUAGGCAAUAAUAUAGCAGAGACAGGUGUCUUAGAGCCUAUGCAAUUUCUCAGGGAGUACGUUUCUAAAAAUGUACCCGUUGUAAUUCGAAAUGGGUGUUCUAAUUGGGCGGCUGUCUCAAAAUGGAAUGCUGCGUAUUUCAGACAAAAAAUACCAAAUAAGAAUGUGGUAGUGGCUGUAACUCCCAAUGGCUUGGCUGAUGGCAUCACAAAGAAUGAGGAGGGUGAGGAGUUCUUUGUCACACCUCAUGAAACCACUAUGACAAUGACACAGUUUCUAGACGGAUUGGACGAGAAAAGAGAAAAUUACAUCCAGUACAUUCAAAAACAGAACUCCAAUUUGAUUACCGACUUCCCUGAACUUCUAGAAGAUGUGUACACAGAGAUACCAUUUGCUAGUGAAGCAUUUGACAAGUCCCCUGAUGCUGUCAACUUCUGGAUGGGCGAUGAGAGAGCUGUCACUUCUAUGCAUAAAGAUCCGUAUGAGAACAUAUAUUGCGUGAUAGACGGAUAUAAGGACUUUAUCUUAAUUCCCCCCACAGACCUGCCCUACGUGCCUUAUAAACGCUACUCACAGGCGGAGUUCAGGUACACAGAUAACAAAUGGGAGAUUGUACCAGUUGAGACUGUCAACAUGGUGAAACAAACUAGUACAGACGUGGAUACUGUUCAGAAUGACGAGUACUUCCAGUCCUCAGGGCUGCCUUGGAUUAGUGUAGAUCCAUUAGCUCCAAAUUACCUAAUAUACCCAGAAUUCAAGAGGGCUCAUGUUUAUUCGGUGCGUCUGAAGAAAGGCGACUGUCUUUACCUGCCCAGCCUAUGGUUCCACCACGUUAGACAGAGCCACGGUUGUAUAGCCGUUAACUACUGGUACGAUAUGGAAUUUGACGUCAAAUAUUGUUAUUUCAAAAUGCUUGAAAAGCUCUGUGGAAGUUAUUGA